GGCUUUCGACCGGAUCGGACUCUCGCUCGAAAUUGGAAGAGGGAACAUGGAAAAGUGACUAGUGAAAUUUUGACUUUGGUUAACGUUUACGGGGAUUUACAGAACAGUUCUAUAAAUGGAAAUGUGACGAAUACCUCAACUGCCAAACGCAAUAAACGUUCAUCAAAAGUCGAAAGAGACGAGGAGAAAUUUUCCUCUUCUACUAGAAUGAUGCUUAGGGAGGUAAAAAGAGUCUGUUACACCGAAGCAGAAACUGAUUCCGAUUCUUUUGAAGAGGAGCCUAAGAGGGCAAGUAACCAUUCAGCAUCUCCACAACCUGUACCCAGAACACCACCACAAAGACCUCGGGAUUUGAGUUUGUUGAUGACGACACCUAAUAAACGACCACAGAGAAAGGAAGUCCAACAAUAUUUGUGUAAUACUGUAAUAUGUGCAUUUGAUAAACCGAUUUCAGAGUUGACUUUAGAAAUCGGCGAGAAUCUCGCUAAGGAACUAUGCACUAUACGCGAUAUCAAUCCUAAAGUGUGGACAUCCGAUCUAGAAAACUAUAUUGACACUGCUCUUAACAAUGUCGGAAAAAAGUUUAAAGCCGCCGUAUUAGUUGAAGUUCCGGAUGAACUCUUUCGAUUAUAUUGUGAAAAAGUAUUUAUUGACUUGUAA